CAGAGGUUCCGGCGGCGCCCGCCAUAGCCGGUCAUUGUUGCCGCCGACGCCGCCAUUGGCGCCGCGGGGCUGCCCUGAAGGGGGCGGGGGACGGAACCAGCUCUGACAAGAGGAAAAAGCAUCCAUAGGGCGAUUCCCAGCUAUCCCAAAAAACCAUGGAAAACCCAAAUUAUCCCAACACUUAUUCCCCCUCAAUUUCCCCAUGAUUUCCCCCACUUUUAAAGCCUCAAAUCCCAUUUUUAGCAGGGAUUUUUUUGGGAUUAUUUUUUCCAAAUUCCUUGGCUCAGCCAGGAAUUUUUUGCAGCCUGCAUGGACAGAGCAACCUUUGCCUGUUCCACCGCUUUUUUCCGGGAUUUUGGGAAUUCUUCUCCGGGUGCUCUUCCCGGGGGCCACGUGGAUUUUAUUGACAAAGCCGAUUCUUUCACUUAUUCCGAUUUUUUCCGGGAUUAUCUCAUUCCCAACCAUCCCUGCAUUUUCUCGGCCAAGUUCACCGAGGAUUGGGGCAGCAGGAAAAAUUGGGUGACGUGGGAUGGGAAACCCAACUUUGAGCAUCUCCUGCAGAAGUUUGGAGAAGCCAUGGUGCCCGUUGCCAACUGCGAUGUCAAGGAAUACAAUUCCAACCCCAAGGAGCAGCUGCCCUUCAAGGAAUACGUGGAAUAUUGGCGGGAAUACAUCAGGAACGGCUACAGCUCCUCCCGGGGCUGCCUCUACCUCAAGGACUGGCACCUGAGCAGAGCUUUUCCAGAGCAGGAUGUUUACACCACUCCCGUGUAUUUUUCCUCGGAUUGGCUCAACGAAUAUUGGGAUGCCGUGGCCGUGGAUGAUUUUAGGUUCGUCUACAUGGGACCCAAGGGAUCCUGGACGCCGUUCCACGCCGACGUCUUCCGCUCCUACAGCUGGUCAGCCAACAUCUGUGGCAGGAAGAAAUGGCUCCUGUAUCCCGCGGGACAGGAGGAAUUCCUGAAGGAUCGCCACGGGAAUCUCCCCUUCGACGUGACGGCUCCGGAUCUUCGGGAUAAGAGGAUUUAUCCGCGCUACAGCCAGAGCCAGCCCCCUCUGGAAAUUCUCCAGGAAGCCGGAGAGAUCGUCUUCAUUCCCAGUGGAUGGCACCACCAGGUUUAUAACCUGGAAGACACCAUCUCCAUCAACCACAACUGGGUCAACGGCUGCAACGUGGCCGUCAUGUGGUGCUUCCUGCAGGAUGAGCUGGCGGCCGUCCAGAGGGAAAUCAGCCAAUGGAAAGAUCCCAUGGACGACUGGCACCUCCAGUGCCAGCUGAUCAUGAAAUCCUGCACGGGCAUCGACUACAAGGAAUUCUACAACUUCCUCAAAGUCAUCGCGGAAAACCGGAUUUCCAUCCUGGAGAAGGGCCUGGAUGAGGAAUCCUCAUCCCAGAACAAUUCCAAAGCCGCCAUCUCCACCUUGGGAAUGCUGCACGCCGUGUUCGACCUGAAGAGGACGGUGAAGGUGCUGAGCUCGUUAAGCGCUAACGAGGAUUUCCGGAAGCUGGAUCUGACUUCCCUGUCUCCUCCUCCGGAGGCUCUGCUCCAGCACCUGGAAUCGGCCAUAGACACGGCCCUGCUCUGAAUUCCCACUUUUCCACGAUUUUUUCCAGAGAGUUUGGAGGAAAUGGACUUGGACAAGAGCUUUACUCCAGCGGGAGAUGGGAGAAUGAAAGGAGGGAGAAUAUUCCCAAAGUUCUGAGUGGUUUGGAGGAAUUCGGGGAAAAAACCAUCCCAGCCAAAGGAAAAUCCCAACCUUCCUUUAGGAUUGUGAGCAUCACUCAGGGAAAAAAUUCCCUAUGGAUCAUCUGGCGUUGGAAUGAUGCAAAUUCCCUGUGCUUAAGCUCAGCGUUGUUAAAACCUCUCCUACUUCCAGAUGCAGCUCAGCUUUUCCAUCCUUUUUUAGGGAAUUCCAGCUGGUGAGUUUCAUGGAAGCCUGAGCUGGAGCCAGCACCUGGAAUCGGCCAUAGACACGGCCCUGCUCGGAAUUCCCGCUUUUCCAAGAUUUUUUUCAGAGGGUUUGGAGGAAAUGGACUUGGACAAGAGCUUUACUCCAGCAGGAGGAGGGACAGCAUUCCCAAAGUUCCGAGUGGUUUGGAGGAAUUGGGGGAAAAAAACCAUCCCAGCCAAUCCCAAACUUCCUUUAGGAUUGUGAGCAUCACUCAGGGAAAAAAUUCCCUAUGGAUCAUCUGGCGUUGGAAUGAUGCAAAUUCCCUGUGCUUAAGCUCAGCGUUGUUAAAACCUCUCCUACUUCCAGGUGCAGCUCAGCUUUUCCAUCCUUUUUUAGGGAAUUCCAGCUGGUGAAUUCCAUGGAAGCCUGAGCUGGAGCCUGGGUUUGGGAAUGUUGAUUCCGUGUCUUCCAAAGUGGGAUUUCCAAAGCCGAGAUGUUCAGGAUUAAAUUUAAUUCAGCUCGGAGCAAAACCUGCCUUGACUCAUCCCAAUAAAAAGCAGGAAUGGGAAUGUGCUCCCAAAAUUCCGCGCUCUAUCCCAAGGCCCAGAAUUCCCUCCAGAAAAGAUCAGGAAAGUUCUGAGUGAUUUGGAGGAAUUAGAGGAAAAAAAAAAACCAUCCCAGCUAAAGGAAAAUCCCAUUUUUUUUAGGAUUCUGAGCAGGCACUCAGGGAAAAAAUUCCUUGUGGAAUUUUUUGUGGAUCCAGCACCUCCCGCACUCUUCCACAGCACAAUUCCCACCCAGAAUAUUCCCAGUGGAACAUCCCCCUCCUGCUUUUCCUUGGAAAAAUCAAAAACCUGGAAGCACAAAUGGCUGCACACUGUUACCUUCAGGCCUCGCUUGAAUUCUUCCCGAAACCAAAACCGAGAAAAACUUGGAAUUUCGGGAAGUUUUAGGAAGUCAAACUGAAAAUCUGCCUCGUUUUCCUUGAAUUCCUUGGAAUUUUUACCCCCCCCCUGCACUUUGCAUGUUCUUUUCCAGUAGGAAUUUUGCAUUUUUUUCUUCAUUCCCAAAAAUAUCAAGGAGCCGUUUUUCCGUAAUUUAGGAAAUUCCCGGAUUCUUGAAGACGACAAAGAUUGGAAUAAGGAGCAUGCAGAGCCUGGAAUCUUCAAAAUUCCAAGAGAUUUAUUUAAAUAAAAAUUCCUGGCAAACUUCCAGUGAGA